AUGGCACACGUGUUGAGAUAUGGGUCAAGGCAAAGGGAGUUUUUGCAUAAGAUUUCUCGUAACUACUCAUCAUGUGCCAUAAGUGUCAGCGAUACGGUUACUCGUAUUCGAGAUACCCUGGACUCCCAUUCAUCAACCACAAAAACCAUAGAUAAGAAUAUACAUACAAGAGUACCGUCCAAAAGUUUAACAGAGUCGUAUGAACUUAGCUCAGUAUUCGCAUCCAAUGUACAACAGACGAGAGAAUUACAAAUCAAGAACGAGUUGAUCCAUUUGAUUGAACGAAAAAGUUUUGACAAAUUGGUUAGCUUGUUGGAAACUUGGUCCCUUCAUGACCUAGAUGGCAUGGUUAAAACAUUGGAUAGGGAUUCAAUCACCCGGUAUUUGAGAUUGAUAAUCAAAGAGAAUAGGAAACGGCAUGUAAACAAGUUUAACCUUUCGCCAAUUCAAAAAUCGAGUAAAAUACAGAGUAUGAUACAAAAGCUGACACAUACGAGUGAUUUCCAUGUUGGAGACAAGUUAACAGAACAGAUAAGAAAUGUUUAUCGAAAUUUGAUAUACAAUAAUCGAAAUGAACAUUUUUACAACAAGGAAAAGUGUCAGAAUAUAUACAGUGGAGACAAUCUAACUGGAUACAAGUUGACUCCAAACGAUUAUGAAAAUUUGAUGCAACUUGAGUUGGGAAACUAUAAACUUGAUUUGGCAUCGAGAUGGUUUUACCUUUUUCGUAAAGAAUAUGGUGAUCAAUGGAAGCUAAUGAUGACGCCAAAGUUAUGGACAUUGGCAUUCAAAAUUGAUGGCAUGGGAGAUAAUAGAUACUGGACAAUCAAGGGAACUGACUUGUCCAGUUUUUACAAAAACCCACUUCGAUCAAAGUUCAAGCCAGGGAUGAAUAUGAAUUUGAUGGAUGUACAGUACGACCUUCAAGAACUUGAUUUGGGGUUUCAUUCAGCUGUCAUUCAGUCGCUUGCUCACGCCGGCCGUAUAAAUGAUGUGAAAUCCUAUGUACUGAGGAUUUGGGGCGUUGAUGAGAAUGGCAAGUUGAUGCCAUCGUUCACAAGUAUUAGCCGGGAGAGCCACUUGUACCCAACUAUAGAUCUCAUAACUGCAAUAUUUGUGUCUUUGGCAUACAAUGGUGAGUUUUAUUCUGGAAUAAAGUAUAUCAAUGCAUUUCAGAUUGCCUAUGGUGAUAUAGAUGCUACAAAUGGUAACAACAAAGUGUUUUGGGAACAAGUAUUCAAAUGGGCCAACAUUUCCACCAUGCUUGAGGAAUCCCAAGCGUUAAAGUAUUUCUUGACAAAGAGCAAUUACUCAAGGGGGAACAAUGUCGAUCUAAAAGAUGCGCAGAAUGAUGCCAGCUUCGAUUAUGAAGGAUAUUUGCAAUUCAUUAAAAGCUUAAAAUCUGAAAGGGUGCAAACAUUUGAUCAGUUGUGGAGGAUUGUUCAAAAUGAAGAACAAUUGCCAUUUUCCAAUAUCAUUUACAAGACGUAUUUGGAUGUAUUGAAGGAACAAUCGGUUGAGCAAAAGUUGUUUGAUUACUUGUCAAGUCUUUUAAAAGAGUACAAGAGACACUACAUUGGACCCAAUUCAUUUACGAGCCGUUCCGGAUUGGGCUUUUACCCAACCAACGGGAAAAGCAAAUCAAUAAGAGUAUUAUAUAAAGAAGCUUUGAAAGCGCUAGUCGAGAUAAAGGGAACCACGACGUACUUGGCCCAGAUCAACCCAUUGAUUGAAAAAUGGAGUCUUGAUGAGUCAAUGAAGAAGGAAUUAAAAACUUGGGCUGAGUCAAAGAUGCCAAUUUAUAGAAAGGAUUUGGAAGCUAAACGUGAAGAGUUUAUGAAUAACUUGACUCAAGAUGAUGAGUCCUUGUUGGAACUUAUGUAA